UAACCUCAUCCAUCAAAACUCUUCUUUACUGUUAUGUCAAACAAUCUAUAUUGUGUUGUUAAUCUGCUUCCUGCGACAACUAUGACCUUUUCACUUUUUACUAUUACUUGUAUGCGGGGAUUUUUUUUUAUUAUUUAAUUUUUUUUUUUUUUUUACGAAUUUUUAAAAAAAUACAAGAACAAGUUGGAGUAAAAUUCUCCCACUGAUGACAGAAAGAUGCAGCAACCCCACUGAACUGCCAAAAAUGAAGACUAUUUAUCAUAACUGCACUGAAAUCUCUCCAGCGGGUGCGAGUAUAAGCUUCACACACUGUUCUGGUCUGCUUGCCGGCUAUUAGAAACUGAAUCAGGGUGCACUAAUAAUGUCAGCCACACUGGCCAACUGUUGUGUAACAAUCGGCGCUUCCCUCCACUUGUCUACGAGGGAGGGAACCUGAAAUUUACGAGGUUCCUCCAAGAGUUGCAGUGGUAUUUCUGGAGCCUGCUGGCCGAUUGGUCUGAUGUGACCGUGUUACCAUAAAGAGGGCUGACUUCCCUGCUGAGCCAGCACAUCACACUCUAUAUACCCUGUUUAAUCAUUACAGUUUGGACUUUGCGGUGUCUCCCCGCCUUCUUCUUCGUCCUCGUCUUCGUCACAUUCGGCAGGGUGUGAACAUCACAAGCCAACAUGUCUGACGGAAAGAAAAUGACGUCCAGCCGCAGGCAUCAUCUGAAAAGUUUGAUGCUGCAGAUCGCUGCUAACUGGAUUGAGAACGAAAAGAAGGAGAAUGAAGUAGCAAAGGCAGCCUACAUGGCCGAGAACUGCCCAACCCCAGAACUCAGUGGAGACCAGGCCACCCUCAUGGAAAUCUGCAAGAAGCUCCACGCUGCCAUUGACAAGAUCGACGAGGCCAGAUACGACGCCGAGGCCAAAGUGCAGAAGUCAGACAAAGAGAUUGAGGAUCUGAAGCUGAAGGUGGUGGAGCUGGCUGGAGUGAAGAAACCUGCCCUGAAGAAAGUACGUAUGUCCGCUGAUGCCAUGCUGCAGGCUCUGCUGGGAGGAAAACACAAGGUGACCAUGGACCUGAGAUCCAACCUGAAGCAGGUCAAGAAGGAGGUGAAAGAGGAGUCUUCAGAGGCCGUUGGCGACUGGCGUAAAAACAUCGAGGACAAGGCCGACAGGAAGAAGAUGUUCGAGACUUCCUAAACACCUCCCGGACAGAGGAGCAUGACAACAGGGGAGACGUUUGCGUAUGAGGUCUGAAUGACUGAAUGCGUCUCUGUGUCCCCUCCAGACAGUCAGGGACAAGUUUAGAUGCUUUUGUUUUGUCUUUUUUUUGUUUGUUUGAUUUGUUUUAGUUUAGUUUUUGUGAUAUGUCAUCACCCCCCUGAAAAAGUCUUGUAAACAGUUAAAAUGUCAAAGGCACUUCAAAAUGUAUAGCUUUUCAUGGAAUCAAUAGAAAUAAAUGUUUUGAAAUAUA